AUGCAUUGGAUCCGUAAGCUCGCGCCGACACGGCGAUCACGCGCAUCUGAAGUGACGACGCUCGGUGCUGCGAAAACCCUCGACUCGAAGGCGCAGCAAGUCAGUUUGCUCCAAGUGCUCUUCCGCAUCGCCUCCAACUUGCUCGCAUCCGGUCUCAUCUUUCUCUCGAUCGUGACGCUCUUCGCGAUGCUCAACGCAGGCCUCUUUGAGCGCCACGAUGUGGUCACGGCGCCGCAGCGCAACGACGGCUACUGGGCUGCGUACGGCUCAACAUGCCGCCUCGCCGCGUCAGGGUUUGUGCCAGGCUCGUGCUCGGUCGCCGAGGCGAGCAUGACGACAGGCCCGGCGUGGGCUACGAUCGGCCAACUGCUCGCGUCGACCUUUGAUGUGCCGACGAACGACACGUGGUACCUUACGACGUGUGCAACGGGGCCGCCACACAUGACCUCUUGGAUGUUUGUGAGCUUCUUCGUCUCGUCGACGGCCCAUCCCGAGUGCAUUCCGGAGAGAGGCCCGCAGCUUAUCGACGGUAUCGCGGCGCUCGGCACGACAAACCGCCUUCCGCUGUAUCCCAAAGGCGCGUACGAACUCAUCGUGCUCGGCGACCACGCCAUGCGCAACGUUGCACCCAUGACCAACACGGACGGCUCGGUCAACACGGUCUUUGCCAACUCGUCGCAGUUUCUCAUUGGCGUUGACGGCGCCGCGUCACACGAUGAGACGCGACUCAACAUGGAGAUUUCGGCGCUGCCCUUGUCGGCGGGCGCAGCCGUCUCGUCCUACUCGCUUUGGUUCUUUGCCGACGUCACCGACAAGAUCGCGUCCUUCGGGCUUCCCGGGUGGAGCGUCGGUCGACACAGCCAGCGCGCCGUGAUGCCAGCGUCCCAAACCAACCUCGUCGUCGGCAGCUACCAGUCGAUUGCGAUUUUACAGUCGAUAAUUGGACUGGCGUCGCUCCUGCUGCUCAACGGCGACCUCAUCAUGACGCUCAAGGGCCUGGAAGGCGUCUUGCGGCGAAAACCGGUCUUGACGUACGACCUUGUCGCUGGCCUCGAGCGCCGCCGGCUCUUGCUGGUUGUGCUGACAAUGAACGGCGUGCCAUCCCUUGUGUACCUCGAGGUCGCCCGAGCGUUCCACGGCACACCGACGGCGCCGCAGCUUUGGCUCAUGGCAAGCACGAUGCUGGGCACGUUUUGCUCCUACGGCUUUCUCCUCGUGCUCUCGCUGCUCCAGCAACUGCCGUCGAGACUGACGGCGGUCGUCCCAUUCUCAGCCACCGUGUUCCUGUACCUCAACACCAUUCUCAUCGCAUAUUCUGUCAACCAAAAGUUCAUGGCACUUGGCUGGAGCUACAACUGUCAAGCGUAUACGCUGCCAUUGGUUGUCUACGGCAUUGAUCACAUUGGUGGCGCGUGCGGAAGCGACCCGAUCCCGCCCUCCAGCGCGACCCUCUGGCCCGUCAUGCUCUACACGACGCUUGGCACCUUUGGCGCCGCGAUCGUCUGGGCAAUGCUUCAGCGCUUUGCUUUCUAUCGCGAGUGGGUCGUGCCCACGGGCUGGACUAAAACGAACGGCUUUCUCAAGCACACGCGCCUGCCCAACUUCGUCUCGGGCCUCCCGCUCGGCGCCGAAGCCGCCAUCUCGAUUGGCAACAAAACGUUCUGCAAGCCGAGCACACAAGCCGUCCUCGGCUAUGCGUCGGUCGUUCAGCGUCCGUCGACUAAAGUCUAUGCGACGGCGACGGCGGAUACGUCGACGGCGGUGCCAAAUCAGAAGAACGAGACGCCCGUGGCGUACGUUAUUAGUACAUACAGUCUCGUGUCAGUGCUGCUGGGCUGCUUUCGACCCAACCCGCUCGGUACCAUUCAAGGCAACGAGUUCAAGACUGUGGCACGCUCCGAGGUGCCCCAUACGUCGGCGCAGUACGACUACAGCCGCGGGUACUGCGUCUCGUAGUCGCCAGUUUUCCCACUAUCGCCAUGGUCUUCCGUGACCAAGACAAUAACGAGCCUUGUCGAACGACAUACAUACUUUGAACC